ACAGCACGUGUCGGUGAACCACCUCUGUUAUUUUGGCAUUUUUAUUUGUUGUUUUGGCUUAAUUUGCCCUCAUCACCGUUUGGAAGGUUAAAGUGUGUGGCGGGUCUGCCUUGCGCAUGUAGGCAGACUCCCAGGUCCUGUCUCUGGAUGGUGCGUGGAUUGCCUUUCUCUAAAGAAAUAUUUCCCGUCGAGUUGACGGUUGCUAAGGACGCCCAUUUUAGCAGUACGAGUUGCCAAGGUGCCAACCAAUCACAACGGGCGUCCCAACGCAUGUGCGGAGAGUGCUACUAUCAACGCUAGGAGACAGCCAAUUACAUCGGGCGUCCUAGCGCAUGUGCAUCAACAACCGAGCAACAACAUCAUUUUGUAAAUAACUGUCAUUUUAUGUCUAUUAUGUCAUAAUGUCGUGUAGGAUUACAAAAUGUUUUUGUAUGAUUUAUUAAUUUAAGUAAGUACCUCUUUAUUAUUUAGUUUUACUUUAUUUUUCAUGAGUUCUUCCGUUAUCCCAGGCUCCCACUCACAGCCGGAAUUUUUUCGUUGCACUACAUGCAACGACAAUAAAUUAUACAAGGGCAAACGUGGUCUAAAUAUUCACAACACAAGAUGCCACAAAAAUUCAUCACUCCCAGCACCCCCUCCGUCAAAUCCACAAAAUACUCCUCAUCCCUCAUUCGAAUCUUUCAUCACCCAUCUUCACAACUCCAUCCGUGUUGUAAAAAGGAUUCCCAGAGGAGCAAGGAUCUCUCUUGCAAAAUCUCUUACUUCCGUCAUUGAAAAAUGUCUUUUAAAUACUUCCGAGAAUUGGCAAAAUCUUUUCACUUUUUCAUAUUCACAUCUUCAUGUCAGUCCCUCGUCAAAAUCUCUCACCCGUGCGCUCAUUGAAAAUUCAUCCCAUAACCCGAAUCCUCUUCUCCUUCCGCCUUUCCCUCUUCGUUCAUCUGCAAAUAUUUACCGAACCGUAGAGUCUAAAGUAAUGGAUGGUGACCUCAAAAAUGCAGCUCGAAUCCUUUUCUCUGAUGACACCCUUGCUCCUCCAAAUCAAGAAACCCUUAAGAGCCUCCAAGAAAAGCAUCCUUCACGUCCAAUUCCUCCCUCUCCCGUUUGUCUUCCACCCCCCCUAAAUUAUCAACCAUUACAGAUUGUUGAUGACAGCGACACCCUUGCUGCGAUCAUGUCCUUCCCCCCUGGUUCUGCUGGCGGUAUCGACGGUAUCACUCCUCAACACCUAAAGGAUUUGGUGAGUGUUUCCGCCGCCGACGCCGGCAGAACACUUCUCUCAAACAUUACGAAGCUUUGCAACCUCCUCCUUUCAGGUAAGGUAGUAGAUAAUUUCUCCCCUUUUCUUUACGGUGCAAGGCUCUGUGCCUUCCGCAAGAAAGAUGGUGGUAUCCGCCCCAUCGCCAUAGGAUCCACCUUUCGCCGUCUUGCAGCNUGA